CAGCACCCCGUGCAGCUGUGGCACUAAAGCAGCCAAGGACACGGGAGCAUCAGCAGAGAGAGAGGGGAAAGAGGAGAGAGAAAGGUGCCUCCUCUCGCCAUUGCGAUAAUUAUCUCGCUGUUGAAUCGAUGUCGGUGUGAAUGCUGCUCUAACAGGAGGCGAUAGGAGUGGCGGGGACGCGGGGAAUUUAACUUCGCAGGCGGACAAACCUAUGCUUGGAUUUCGGCUUUUUCCCCUUCGCCAAUGCAAAAGGAAAUAUGCAGCGAAGCUUCACCAUCCUCUACACCAGUUUACUGGGGAUGUGCUUGGGUUCAAGCUCAAGUUUUCCAAGUAACAUCAAUAUAGGAGGAUUGUUCCCGAUCGAAUCGCACGAAUAUGAGGUUUUUCGUUUCGCCCUCUCUCACCACCAGGACAUCCCCAAACUGGUGCCGCAGGUGGAUAUGGUCAAGAUGGGGAAUAGCUUCUCCAUGACAUAUGCCUUUUGCUCUCAGUUCUCCAAAGGUGUGUAUGCCAUCAUCGGCCUGUAUGACAGGAAGACAGUCAACAUGCUGAUGUCCUUCUGCGGAGCACUGCAUGUCUGCUUCGUCACGCCGUCCUUCCCCAUCGAGACGGCCAACCAGUUUGUCAUCCAGCUGAGGCCCGAGCUCCAGGACGCUCUGGUGGGAGUGAUCGACCACUACGGAUGGACCAAGUUUGUCUACAUGUACAGUUCUGACUCAGGUCUGUCGGUGCUGCAGAAGGUUCUGGACACAGCAGCGGAGAGGAACUGGCUGGUGACCUCGGUGAAUGUGGAGACCAUGACGGAAGCCUCCUUCUUGAAAGUGUUCCAGGAUUUGGACAAGAGGAAGGAGGGACAGAUUAUCAUUGAUUGUGAGACUGAGAGGCUCACUGGCAUCCUUAAAAAGAUUGUUGAACAAGGCAAGAAUGCAAAGAGCUACCACUACAUCCUGGCUAACCUGGGUUUCCUGGACAUUGAUCUGACAGACCUGAGGAAAGGUGGGGCGAACAUCACCGGCUUCCAGCUCGUCAACAACUCUGAGCCCAGCGUCAGCCGUGUCGUCCAGCAGUGGAUGGAGUUUGACAACAAAGACUCUAAAGUGCCCAAGAGUGGACUCAAAUACACAGGCGCUCUAACAUAUGACGGGGUGAAAGUCAUGUCCACGGCCUUCCAGAAUUUAAGGAGACAGAGGAUAGACAUAUCUCGCAGGGGCAACGCUGGAGAAUGUCUUGCCAACCCACCGGCUCCCUGGGGACAGGGCAUAGACAUCCAGAGAGCCUUGCAGCAGGUUCGUAUUGAUGGAUUGACUGGUCACAUCCAGUUCAACGAGAAAGGCCGCAGAACCAACUACACUGUUAGCAUCAUGGAACUGGCUCCCUCUGGACCUAAGAAGGUUGGCUACUGGAAUGAAGAUGAAAAGUACGUGACUACCGCCAGCUUCAUGAGAGGUAGCAACGAGACUUACGGCCUGCAGAACAGAACUUACAUAGUCACCACUAUCUUGGAGUCUCCAUAUGUGAUGCACAAGAAGAACCACGAGCAGCUUGUAGGAAAUGAUAAGUACGAGGGCUACAUUGUCGAGCUGGCUGCAGAGAUAGCCAAACAUGUGGGCUACCAGUACAAGCUGAAGAUUGUUUCAGAUGGCAAAUACGGAGCCAGAGAUCCUGAAACCAAGAUGUGGAACGGCAUGGUGGGAGAACUCGUGUAUGGGAAAGCAGAUGUGGCCGUAGCGCCUCUGACCAUCACCCUGGUCCGUGAAGAAGUGAUCGACUUCUCUAAGCCCUUCAUGUCCCUGGGUAUCUCCAUCAUGAUCAAGAAACCCACCAAAUCCAAACCUGGCGUGUUUUCAUUCCUGGACCCGCUGGCUUACGAGAUCUGGAUGUGCAUUGUGUUUGCCUACAUUGGCGUCAGUGUCGUCCUGUUCCUUGUCAGUCGAUUCAGCCCGUAUGAGUGGCACGCCGAGGACUACGAGGAGGGAGGUGAGCCGCAGACUCCCACCCAAGCAUCAGCUUCCAACGGGGUGCAGCAGGGCCAGACACCAGCGCAGCAGAACACCAAUCAGCAGAGUCUUGAGCAGACCAAUGAGUUCGGCAUCUUCAACUCCCUUUGGUUCUCACUGGGGGCCUUUAUGCAGCAGGGCUGUGAUAUCUCACCACGCUCUCUGUCUGGCCGCAUUGUUGGAGGCGUCUGGUGGUUCUUCACCCUCAUCAUCAUCUCAUCCUAUACUGCUAACUUGGCUGCCUUCCUGACGGUGGAGAGGAUGGUGUCUCCUAUAGAGAGUGCUGAGGAUUUAGCCAAGCAGACAGAAAUUGCCUAUGGAACACUGGAUGCCGGCUCCACCAAAGAAUUCUUCAGAAGGUCUAAGAUUGCUGUGUUUGAGAAGAUGUGGUCCUACAUGAAGGCGGCUGACCCGUCCGUGUUUGUCAAGACCACAGACGAGGGCGUAAUGAGAGUCAGGAAGUCCAAGGGCAAGUAUGCCUACUUGCUGGAGUCCACAAUGAAUGAGUACAUAGAGCAGAGGAAACCGUGUGAUACUAUGAAGGUGGGAGGAAACCUGGACUCUAAAGGUUAUGGCAUUGCCACACCCAAGGGCUCCCCUCUCAGAAACCCAGUAAACCUGGCAGUGUUAAAACUGAACGAGCAGGGCCUCUUGGACAAAUUGAAAAACAAGUGGUGGUACGACAAGGGAGAGUGCGGCAGCGGGGGCGGGGACUCCAAGGACAAGACGAGCGCUCUGAGCCUCAGCAAUGUAGCGGGAGUCUUCUACAUCCUGAUUGGCGGCCUGGGCCUGGCCAUGCUGGUGGCACUGGUGGAGUUCUGCUACAAGUCCAGGACCGAGUCGCGCCGAAUGAAGCAAUCCAUCAACGACGCCAUGCGCUGCUCCACACUGACCAGGAUGAGUGGCAACGGGAGCGGCGGAGAGAACGGACGAAUCCUCACCCACGACUUCCCCAAGACCGUUCAGACGCUGCCCUGUAUGAGCCACACCGCCAGCAUGGGACUGGGUGCCUCCGGCAUGUGAUCGUCACGUGACUGGCGGUGAGGAAUAGGCAGGGUGGGGCAGAAGAAGAGCACAAGACUCUUAAUGACCUCAAAAAUCAUGGCUGUCCGGUUUGACCCAUCUACUCUCCUGGCUGUCAACGUGCCCAACAUGAACAAGACCUUACUUACUGCCAAAAUGCACUCUCAGACCGCUCCUUACAAACUAAGAACAGAGACUCACAACUAUUUUUUUUUUUUUUUUUUUUUAAAUGAAUGGAUGCUUGACAAAGAGAUAUUGAAAAAAAGAAGGGAAAUGUGCUGCAAUAAAGAAGCCGUCACUGGGGCGUGUUUUUGAAUUUUU